AUAGUGGGAGUGGGAGUUUUCGUAUUCCGAUCUCCCGCGCGCGACUCGGCCAGUACCACGUGCGCGACCGCAUAAGGAACACCGCACCGUGUCGCAGUUGACAAUCUCUUGUUUUCUUUUGCCUUUUUGUCGGCUAUUCAAGAUGAUGAAAUCAGUGAUGCCCGGAGAUUCUUCUACCACCGAGACCAAAGUCAUACGGCUGACGACGAAUCAGCAGGCCGUACUCGAGGAACAAUUCAGCAGAUGGCCGAAAUGGCACAAAGGUGAUAUUGUUCUUCUGGCGGCCGAGACCGGACUCUCUGAGGAAGAUGUUCAAGACUGGUAUUCGUUGAAAUUGGCUCAGCAGAGGAAAGAGCAAGGAUUAGGUAGUCUUGCGGUCGGACCAACCUAUCCUAUCUAAGUUCAAAUAAUCUAUUAUGGACGCUGCUAAAUUCAACCAUAAGGCACCUCAGUAUUUCUUUUCCUUUCGAUAAAAAACCAAAACAAAAAAAUCAAAUUAAUUAAUGGUAGCGACAAACGAUACAAAAGCGAAACGAAGGAAAACGGUACAAAGAACAUUAGUUCAUAAGUUAUUUAGUGUAUAGAUUACGAAUACCUUAUUCUUUAUAAAUAUGUUAAUUUCGCAGUUAAUAUCCAGAAGAAAAAUUUGUGUAAUUAAUCCUGUUAGCUGAAUGGAUUAUUCAGUUGAUUCUUAAAUUGUUUAAUACACGUAGAAUGAAGCUUAAUAUUGUACGUAUACUACCACUGUAACAUUUAAAAAUAGUUCUACCCACCACUGUAAUUCGAAGUACAAUUUUUUGUAUAUGCCGUUUUUUAUCACUUCUUUUUCAUACCAUUAAGAAUCACUAGGAAUACUGUCAUUUAAUGCAAAUCCAUUAAUUCUGGUCGUUAAUGUGGAAUAAAAUUAAAGAAACGGAUAAACAAAGUCUCAAUUCAUUGUUAAUAUAAUUAAGUAUAUGGAUUUUUCAAAAUAGACGCGAAAAAUAAAAACAUGUUUCAAAGAUCUUGAUGUCUAUUGAUGUAAACAUGGUAUUGUAAAAAUGUGAUCAUUAAAUUAAUGAAAAUUUAAAGUAAA